CCGAUUAGUCUAGUUCAUGUCAAUCGAAUUACGUGUUUAAUCGGAUUGCGGAUCUAUCCAAUUUCAAUUAAUCAGGUUAUAGGCUAGCCUAAUUACAAGUUAAUCAGAUUGUGAGUCAAUCGAGUUACGUGCAAGUUGCAGGUCGUUCACUUUUAGUUAUAAGAAUUUGAUCCCCUCUAUUGCCAUGACUUCUAUUUUAUUACAAGGUAGCGUUAAUAUAAAAAUAAAAUUUAUUUUAUAGUUUGUUUCUAUGUUAAUAAUGUCCCAAAAAAAACUGACAAAAUUCAGAUCCAAUAUCUCUUUCUCGGCAAUCCUAUCAGCAUCCUCCGCACCUCAACAAUUUAUCUCUCUAUCUAUUUUCAUUCGUGGGGAUCAUUGAUAUCGUCGCUUUGCAUCCUUCUUUCCUAGGUUUACCAACAGCCAUUCCAGGCUAGAGUUAGAAAUUGUCUCUUACGACAAGGAGAUCUAAGUUUCAGAGGUCAGCAUCUUUCCUUCAUGUGUUUCUUCUUCCUUUUCUAAGAUCAUUUGAUGUGAAUUAGUUGAUUCGUGUAUUGCGUUUUUGUUAUCGUCAUCGUCAUCAUCAUUUUGUUAUUAUAUAGAAGUGCUGCCCUAUUAUAUUGUCAUGCUUUAACUUUGUUUAAGAGUAAGAGAAAUUGGUGUUGCAGCCAAGAUACUAACAUAAUUGUGGUUUUAUACAUUUUUAUCCGUAGCGAACCCUUGUUCUAUGAGCUUUCCUUAUUUUAUUUAUUGUCUCUAAUUUAAAACAAUCAACCUAAAUUGUCACUUUCAUCGUUAGCCUAUUCUUCUUCUUAUUUUUAUUAAUAAAAAUACUUGUUUUUUUUAUUCCUUUCCUCCAUUUGAGAUUUAUUUGUUGAUGUUUAUGUUGCCUGUGGAAUAUGUUUCAUUGCCAUUGUCAAUGUGUUGCAGAAAGAUUGUCAUCUUAUAGUUACCAUAAGCCCUUGUCUUGUAUCAUAAAUUGAAUUUUCAUGUAUCAUAAAAAAAUUCGACUUAUUGGGGAGUUUCCUUUGAAUUGAAAAUUAAAAUGCUAACUUUUCAAUCUACUUGGCAGCAAAACAACAUUGAUCAUGAUAUUUGGUUUUAGCAUGCAUUGAAAGUGAUGGAGGGGAAAACUUAAUGAAAAAAGUUGAAAGAAGAUAGUAGAGAUGGUAGAGAGCCAAUGUGCAGAACCCAGUGGCAACGAGGACCAAAUACUGGUCCGCGAAUUGUGUGCAAAUGGAGCUUGCAUGAAAGCAGACGAGGUAGAAGCAAAGCUUGAUGCAGGAAAUAUACAAGAGGCUGAAUCUUCUAUACGGGAGGGGUUAUCUUUAAGUCUUGAGGAAGCUAGAGCACUCAUUGGGAGGUUGGAGUAUCAGAGAGGGAACAUAGAAGGGGCUCUUGGUGUUUAUGAUGGCAUCGAUCUCCAAGCUGCCACAGAGAGAUUGCAGUCUUUAGCUGACAAUAAUGCUGCUCGUAAAAACCGACCUCGUGAUUCGCCGACUAGUGGCUCGCAACAUGCUGCCAGCCUGGUACUUGAAGCAAUAUACUUGAAGUCCAAGUCCCUACAAAAGCUUGGGCGAUCCUAUGAUGCUGCUCAGGAAUGUAAGAGUGUGCUUGAUGCAACGGAGAAGAUAUUCCAGCAGGGGAUAUCCGAUGUACAGGUAGAUAACAGAUUGCAAGACACGGUGAGCCAGGCAGUAGAGCUACUCCCCGAGCUCUGGAAGCAAGCUGGUUACUAUCCCGAAGCAAUAUCUGCCUACAGAAGAGCUCUUCUAAGUCAGUGGAAUCUCGAUAACGACUGUUGCGCAAGGAUUCAGAAAGCAUUUGCGGUUUUCCUGCUGCACAGUGGAGUGGAGGCUGCCUCCCCCAGUUUGACAUCUCAGGUUGAAGGUUCUUACGUACCCAAAAAUAACCUGGAAGAGGCCGUCUUGCUUUUGCUUAUCCUUGUUAGGAAAUACAGCCUCGGCAAGACGAAAUGGGACCCGUCGGUUAUGGAGCAUCUCAGCUUUGCAUUAUCCAUCUGCAACCAAACUUGUGUCUUGGGGAAGGAGCUUGAAGAGACGCUGCCAGGUGUGCUCCAUCGCGUCGAACGUUGGAACACUCUGGCUCUCUGUUACAGUGGGGCAGGACAGAACAGAGUCGCGUUGAACCUACUGAGAAAGUCUCUCCACAAACACGAGAGGCCAGACCACGUAGUGGCGUUGUUGCUGGCUGCCAAAAUAUGCAGCGAGGAUUCUCAUCUUGCUGCGGAGGGAGUGGAGUAUGCACAGAGAGCAGCCACUGUGAAAGCACAGGGGAGUGGUGCUGAUGACGAGCAGAACCUCAAAGGUGUGGCCGUCCAUGUGUUGGGACUCUGCUUGGCGAAACAAGCUAAAGCUUCUUCAUCUGAUUUCGAGCGGUCUCGGUUGCAGGCCGAAGCCUUGAAAUCGUUAGAGAUUGCAGCCUCUCUGGAGCCCAGCAAUCCGGAUCUGGUGUUCGACCUGGGUGUUCAACAUGCAGAGCAACGCAACCUGAGUGUUGCUCUGCGUUAUGCUAAGAAAUACAUCGACGCGACUGGUGGGUCCAUGUCGAAAGGUUGGAGAUUGUUGGCUCUCAUACUAUCUGCUCAGCAGCGAUUCUCGGAGGCUGCGGUGGUCACUGAUGCUGCUUUGGAUGAGACCGCAAAAUGGGAGCAAGGACCACUGCUCAGGCUCAAGGCAAAACUCAAAGUUGCACAGUCUCUCCCUUCAGAAGCUAUCGAAACCUACAGUUAUUUGCUUGCAUUGAUCCAAGCACAGAGGAAGUCUUUUGGCCCUGUCAUAAGUGUUUCUCAGGCUGAGGAUGACAAGGUGAACGAAUACGAAGUCUGGCAUGGUCUAGCCGAUUUGUAUUCCAGGCUUUCUCAGUGGAAAGACGUUGAGGUGUGCCUGGGGAAAGCGAGAGAACUGAAAAAGUACUCUCCGGAGCUGCUUCAAACGGAAGGCAUGAUGCUGGAAGCACGUGGAGAGUUACAGGCCGCUUUGUGUUCUUACGUAUGUGGACACCUGAUGGAGCCAACUUAUGUCCCUGGAAUCAUACUGGUUGCGGCCCUGCUAUCCAAGAGGGAAUCCGAGGCAUCGAAACCUGUAGCGAGAAGCAUCCUCACCGAUGCACUCCGGCUUGAACCCACGAAUCGAAAGGCCUGGUACUACUUAGGGAUUGUGCAUAGGGAUGAUGGGCGAACAGCUGAUGCUGCUGACUGCUUUCAAGCUGCAUCCAUGCUCGACGAAUCUGACCCCAUUGAGAGUUUCACUUCUAUCUACUGACUGACCACCGUUGCCUGGCUGGUUGGUAGAUAUACUUAAUUAUCUCUUCUCCACACACACACUCUCCUCCAUGGUUUAGCAAUUGUUUUGAGUUAUGCAGCUUAACCACUCUCAACUAUUCCUCCUUCUUUUUCGUUUAGAUGGCUUCAUCAAUCUACCCAACUAUCGACAACUUCUUCACCAGUGUUAUCUACCCACUUUUGAAGAGCCCAUCACAGUCCUCUGAUUCUGAAUAUGCCCCCUAUUUUUGUGUGAUUUUUGGAGGUGAAAAUGGUUGGGAGAGAGACAGAAACUUUCAAGAGGGCCUAAAGAGUCAUAUUGAGGAAAAGACCAUGUAUGUAUGAUUAUGAAUAAUAUGUUUGAAAGUAAAAGUGAAUAUUGUAGUGGUGGCGAGUCUUUAUAAUUCUAUAUUCCUGGUUGAGCUUUCACAAAUGUAUAUUGUGGUUUUUAGCCUAGAAAUAGAGCAAGUGAAGAAAGAAAAAAAAUUCCAUUAAAAGAAAAUUUCAGUUACCCAACCAAAUGUACAUUGUUACUCUCUCACAGCUUUUACUUCUUGUUUUUCUGAAAUCUUUUAGCUCCUGUUCUUUCUUCUCAUUUUGUUUACAUAAAGAAUUAAAGAUUAA